GAUGAAGUCGAAUCUUGGCGCCCCGUUGUCCAGUCGGGGAAGAAUUAUUUUGUUCAACUCAUUAUCAUAGAACGGCUUGGACGAGGUCAGCUUGUCUUUUAUCCCAGUGGGUCGUCAGUGUGGGGUCUCUGCUUUCUCUUGUGACCGGGUCUCCGAUCUUUGUUCAUAGGCUACGCACAGUUUCACGAUGACCUAGUUUUCUGUGAUUUAUCAGACGGCUCUCAGGGAGUUUGUUGACCCUUCAUCUGUGCAUUGAGGAAGGAACGCGUGGUAGGCUAUACGCGUGUCAAUAUGUUUGCCAAUAUUUGAAAUGAUUGAGAACUCAUUUAUUUUUACAAAUGAAUGCUGCCUGAUUCGAACAGUUGUUUUCGUUAGGAUACUGAUGUUGCCAGUGUAAUGACUGUGAUCAGUGAAUGCGCUUGCUUGCAUUAUCGAAUGGAGGACCCUUUGAGUAUUGUAGACUAUGCGUCUACUCACAUUGGCUAGCUCAUAGCUGCUAGAAUUAUUGUGUUUCCUUCGGUAAAACUGGUGGUGAUUUGCUGCAUUUUGUCUUUAAGCGGAUUAGGCAACGUCAGACUAGCCUAGGCUCCUUCGGUCAGGGUGUUGUUAAAGUAAAUAUCUUCUUUUAGCUUCCCAAAACAUUGCUGACAUCACCAAUGGGCAGUCUCUAAACUUAUCAUCAACUAUAAAUAAUGGGGAGAUGUGCAGUCCGAAACACAACAUAGACCAACGUUACAGCACCGACCUAGAGUGACAGGACAGAGAACGUUAUUCGUUCAGGAAAAGUCGACUCGUUUCCCCAAGACGCGUCCCGGGACAUUGAGAAUAAGUAUCCCGGCACCCAGGGUAUCAUGCUGGGCAACGCGAAGAAGGCAAGCCCCACGAACCAGAAGAACGGGGCGGGAACGUCAGGAUCGAAGAGCACCGACCCUUUAAAGAAUUUAGGUGUGCAUGAGGAUGAUGAUGUGCGGCGGAUGCUGCAGGGGGCGGCCAUGAUGAAGGUGCGCUCUCCCCGGUGGCAACGGCGGCGCAUGAUGAAACUCCUCGACGACGGGGUGACUGUCUGGUGCGAGUCCAACAAGACCUCCAGCAGGGCCAAGUCACGCCAGUCCUUCUCAGUGACGGAUGUGGAGUGUGUGCUUGAGGGCUGCCAGUCGGACGCCCUGCGUAAGCUGGGCAAGAAAGGGCAGGAGAAGGAGUGCCUGACCAUCAUCUUUAAGGGGCCACGGAAGAGCCUGGACAUCCACUGCCCCAGCCAACAGGACGCUCAGAGCUGGGCCCGCGGCAUCCGCACGCUGCAGGAACGCAUGGAGAAUAUGACCCAGACCCAGAAGCUCGAUCACUGGAUCCAUGCGUACUUGAAGCAAGCGGACGAGGACAACGAUGGGAAAAUGAGCUACGAGGAGGUGCAGACGCUUCUGCAGAUGAUCAACAUCGAUCUGAGCGAGCAGUACGCGCGCAGCCUCUUCAAGAAGUGUGAUCGCUCUGCCGACGGGCGCCUCCAGCACGGCGAGAUCGAGCUCUUCUGCCGCGAGCUGCUCAGGCGGCCGGAGCUGGACGCCGCGUUCCAGCAGUACUCGGCCAACGGGACGGUGCUGUCCACCGUGGACCUGCGCGACUUCCUGCGGGAGCAGGGAGAGGACGCGUCGCUCGUGCACGCACAGAGCCUCAUCCUCACCUACGAGCUCAACGAGUGGGCCCAGAAGAACCAGUACAUGACGCCCAAUGGCUUCACCAUGUACAUGCUGUCCAAGGAGAACGUGGUGCUGGAGCCGGACCACGGGCGUGUGUACCAGGACAUGAAGCAGCCUCUGGCCCACUACUACAUCAACUCCUCACACAACACCUACCUCACCAAGGACCAGCUGAUGAGCGAGAGCAGCACUGAGCCGUACAUGAGAGCCCUGAGCCAUGGCUGUCGCUGUGUAGAGCUGGACUGCUGGGAUGGGGACAAUGGCGAGCCAGUCAUCUAUCACGGACACACACUCACCUCCAAGGUCACCUUCAGGGAGGUCAUACACACCAUCAACGAGUAUGCUUUCAAGGCGUCUCCGUACCCGCUGAUUCUGUCUCUGGAGAACCACUGCUCCGUGGAGCAGCAGGUGGUGAUGGCCGACCUGUUGCGCUCCAUCCUGGGGGACAAACUGCUCACCAAGCCCCUCAGUGACAAGGAGCUCCAGAGUCUGCCAUCUCCUGAGGCUCUGAAAGGGAAGAUCCUGGUGAAAGGAAAGAAGGAGCGUAGAACUGAGGAGUGUUCGUCCAGCUCCGACAGCUCCUCCUCUGAGGACGAGGCCAAAGGAGAUAACAAGCCCAAGGCCAAGGCUGAGGGGAAGAAGCCCGUGUCCAAGCUGAGCCCAGAGCUGUCGGACCUGGUGGUCUACGCACGCAGCGUCCCCUUCAAGGGCUUCCAGGAGGCCGCCCAUAAACCGCCCAAUGAGAUGUCCUCCUUCUCCGAGAGCGACGCACUCAAACACAUCAAAGAGUCAGGGAAGUUUUUCGUGCGUCACAACGCCAGGCACCUGAGCAGGAUCUACCCGUCCGGUCAGAGGGUCCAGUCGUCCAACUACAACCCACAGGACAUGUGGAACGCUGGCUGUCAGAUCGUCGCUCUGAACUUCCAGACGCCAGGCGAGCCCAUGGAUCUGAACCAGGGCCGGUUCCUGACCAACGGCGGCUGCGGCUACGUGCUGAAGCCCGGCUUUCUGCGCCAGGCCGACUCCGAGUUCAACCCGGAGAACACCGGAGGGGGGCCUGGACACAGCCCCGUCCUGCUGACCAUUCGCAUAAUCUCCGCCCAGCAGCUGCCCAAGUCGCCCCAAGAUAAACCCAACUCCAUAGUGGACCCGUACGUGUGGGUGGAGACCCACGGAGCGCCCAUAGACAACAACAAGAAGAAGACGCACCGCAUCGACAACAAUGGUUUUAACCCUCGGUGGGACUGCACCUUUAAGUUCCAGCUGCAUGUCCCUGACUUGGUCCUGGUGCGCUUUGUGGUGGAGGAUCACGACUACACCUCCAGAAACGACUUCCUGGGACAGUUCACCCUGCCCUUAACCAGCAUGCGCACUGGCUACAGACACGUCCGACUGCUGAAGGAGGACGGCAGCAGCUUGUCCCCGUCCACCCUCUUCAUCCACGUCAAGCUCACACCUUCACACAGCUCAAUCACCAAGAAAGCGUCCCCCCAGAAAGCCUGAAGACUACAUUACCCAUAAGCCUCUGCUGCAGAUCCUUGGAAGGGGCUGUGGUAUUUUUAAUGCUGUUACGGUCAUAACUGAGUCAUUUAUACUGUAAAUGUUUUAGCUACUCUAUAUGCUCAGGAACACUUUAGACAAAUUGAAGAAAGGGAUCAGUAGCAGUUACUAUCAGUGGGCAGUGAUAUUCGUAGAAGAACUCACAUAGACCAAUAGGGGGCGCCGUAAGGUUUAGACAACAUAUUGCGACCAAUCAAACUUUGUCAUAUUAACCUGUCCACUGAGAGAGACCAAUCAAGUGAGUGAUGAUUAACACUUUUUUGUUUAAUUAAUUGUAUUUCUGCCAUUCACAGUCAACAAUCAAAUGUUAUCUUCUCUAGAUCUUUGAGUGAGACCAACUAAGGUGAACUUUAAUGAGUAGGUCUUGGAUAACCAAUAACAUCAGGCAGCUUUGUUGGAUUAAAAACUAAAAAGGCCAUGCAUUCUUCAAAAUCAAAAUAGGGUUCAGGUCAAAGCAUGAUGCAGCUGAAAAAGACAAUAAAAUGUUAUCAUUUUUAUAUCAGAUUGAAUGCUGGAUGAGGCUGAAAAGCAAUAGUGUAAGCAUGCAAUUUAUUAUAACGCUUAUAGAGCCAUGUAGCAAGUAGCCUACAGCCUGUUUUAAUAUUUAAUAUAUUUCUCAGAAUUUAAAUCUAUGGUAGUUUUUAUUUGGUUAGAGCUUUUUAUAGACAGGGUCAAGAUGGUGCACGGAGAACUGUAUCUUGGUGUGUAUCCAAGUUGAGAAAAAAUACACAAACAAAAACAAAGUCAGAAAGGCGAGCCGUCCAUGAAAAGAAGCCUGAAAGUCUGAAAAUAAGACACUCUGUGGUGCGUUUCCCAAAAGCAUAGUUUGUUGGUUGCAAUGCAAUUUCCCAUUGCCAACCAACUAAAUUGCUAACAGGUUAGCAACUAUGCUUUUGGGAAACACAACCCUGGCUUGUUGGUGCAAUCUCCUGGUAUUUCAGCCAAACUAGUUUCUUUAAAAUGUAUAGAAGUUAACCUUCUGUGUGAUGCCUUGUGCUAUAAAUCAGCAAUAUUGUGAGAGUGGGUAGUAUAAGAGACUGCCCUGUUGCAUUAUGGGAAUUGUAGUUUGCCGUUGUAUGGUCAGUGAAAUGGUCAUCUACACGUUUUCAAGUUCUUAAUGUUUACUGUACAUCUGAGAAGGACAACUAGACGUGAAGGAAACAAAGCACUUGAAAAGACUGAAGUUCAAACAAUCUCACAUCCUGGUCAGUUUUGGCUGUGUCUGUGUCUUUGUUUAGGAAAGAAUGAAAGAAAGUCAGAAGAAUUCAUGUAGCUUUAAUGAUACUGGCACUAACAAAGACAAGACCUCAAGAAACAGCAGUGUGUGUUUACUCAAGAUUUUGAUACUGUCCUAAAAUUUCCUCUUGUAGCACUUUAUUGUUCAAAGCUGCGGGCGUCUCGAUCAGUCCUUCAGCUCUAUGUUUGGUUCAGAUCUAUGUUUGUAUGUGUAGUUUUAUGGCUUUAAGGGAUCAGUUUGCACUUAGCAUUCGAUCACUUGAUGAAAUGAAGGAUUUUAUUCCCAUCAAGGUGUGAUUAUGUUUAAGUUAUGAUCAUCUCUGUGCAACGUUUUUAUCAAGAUGAAAGGCAUAGGAAAGGCAUUUUUCCUAUUCACAUUUCGGGGUACCAUUCAGUUUACAUCAGACAGACUGAGAGAAAGCAUAUCACUGGAGGCUGCAUAUACUGUAUCAGAUCUGACCUAAGUGUUUUUUUUUUCCAGUCUUAGGAUUCAGGAGUCAAGACAAAUUCAAACACAUUCAGUUAAACAGAUGCAUCCACAUUUAUCUUUGAAAUGCAUAUGGAUAACACUCAGAAGCUGAUUGUAUUUUAAUGAAGUACAAAUUGGGACUAGAUAUUAUAUGAGUUGCUGUGUGUUUGUUAUAGCCAAUGAAAACAGUAUUAGUGAGACUUUUAAGAGACAAAGGUCAGUUCAUUUUCACCUUUUUUAACUUUUUCAUAUUGACUUUAUUUACUGUAUAUUUUAUAAAUCGUAAUAUUGUAACUGUCAUUAUUGUGUUAUUAGUAGUUCAUUUAUGAAAGUCUUUAAAGUAUAUGAGAUAUGCAAUCAGAAAAAAAAGAGUGCAACCUUGCAUUAGAUCAUUCCUGCCUGUUGUGUAACACAUGCCAAAUCAAUGAGUUGUUAUCGGGUAGACUUUGUAAUGAAUAGCUACUAACACUGUAGAAACAAGACACUUCACUUUUUUACUAUUCUGAUUUUUUGUUUUGUUUUCGUUGCACUUUGCAAGAUCAACUGAAGAAGGCUAUGGUAUGGUUAUGGUUGUGUUAGCCACGUUUGAAAGUUGUUUGCUUUCCCCAUCCAAACUGACCUUGUAGCCUAUGUCAGCAUUUGAGCUUGAAUGGAAAAAUACUACAGUGAACGAAUAAAACAAAAUACAUAAACUUGAA